AUGAAGGAGCGGCCAGUGCGCACCCUCCUGCAAAUCGCCUGGAGCCCUGCAAACAACAUUGGCGCGCUCGCCAAGGCGAAGUUUAAGGAAGCAAACGGAGGAAUGGCUGUGGGGCAUCCAGGGGACAUGCAGUGGGACGACGUUCUCAAAGCCCUGGAGGAGUAUAUUCGGCUGGGGUCACUGGAAUUCGCUAAGUACCAGCUCAUGUUUGGUUUUAAGGAAAAGGCAGUGUAUCGUGCCCGAAGCAGAUUGCAGGACGGGCGGACCCAAGCCAGGCUGCUAUCCGCGGCGCAUGAUGAGGCUCGGCAGCAGCUGAUGGAGGGGACGUUGGAGUUUGAGGCGCAUGCUUUGGCGUCUUCUGUGGCGGCCAGCGUGCGGCAGCUUCUGGGAACCGUGGAAGACGAGAAGCACGAGGAUGAGGACGAGGAAGCGGCAGUUCAGUCGUUGAUCGCGUCAGCCGCGGCUAACGCGGAGAAUGCAGCGAGGGAAGCGGAGAGGGAGGUGAUUCAAGCCCAGACGAAAGCGGCUGAAGGUCUCCCCCCUGCCGCUGACCCUGCUGCCGGCGCUGCUGCUGCUGCUGCGGGUGUUCCUGGAGGUGCGGGUAUAGAGGGUGGGGUUGGGAUGGAUGGGGUAUACGCUGCAGGGGAGAUGGGCGCAGGAGGGGAGGGCGAUGGGGUGAUUCGGCGGAAGCCUGGGCGGCCGCGGGGAGGGGGGGCUGCGCUGGCGAUAGGAAACGGGGAUCUCCCCGCGCUCUCCCGUGUGCGCAUCCCCAAGAUGCCCACCCUCCCCGCGUCCGCGCAGCAGGCGAAUGGGGAGGGGAAGAAGAAGAAGAGGAAGAACCGGGGGAGGGGGAGGGGGGCUGCGGAAGGGGGCGGGGGGGAAGGGGCGGAUGAGAUGGGGAACGCGGGGGAGCUUGGUGGGGGGGGUGAGGGGGCGGGGGGAGGGGAGGGGAUGGCGGGCGCGGAGGUUGAUCCAGCAGCGGCGGCAGCAGCAGCUGCUGCCGCAGUGGCGGCAGGACUGGAGGGGCAGAUAGACGUUGAGGCGGUGGCAGCAGCACUGGCGCAGGCGACAGGGGGUGGGGGCAACCGGGGCGUGGGGCAGCAGGCAGGAGGUGGCGGGAGGAUCGGGUUGGAAAGGCUGCGGCUGCAGGAGCAGCAGCAGCAGCAACAACAACAGCAGCAGCAGCAGCAGCAGCAGCAGCAGCAGCAGCAGCAGCAGCAGCAGCAGCAGCAGCAGCAAGAAGGGGAGCAGCAGCAGCUGGGACUGCAGGGGCAGGGGCAGGCGCAGCAGCAGGGGCUGGGGCAGGGGCAGCAGGGAUUGGGGGAGCUUGAGCAAAUGGCAGCGUCCUGGGCGGCAAUAGCAGGGCGGAAUGCAGUGCUGGGGCAAGGAGGGGCGGGCGGAGGGAGGGGCAGCGCUGGUGGUGGGGCCGAGGCCGGGGCGUUCACUACCCCUGCUGCUGCUGCUGCUGCCACUGCUGGGGGCCAUGCUGGGGCAGCUCGGGUGUUGCAGCAGGGAGGCCUGCAGGCUUCAGCGUGGGGUGAAGUAGCUUCUGCAUUAGGUUCGGUUUCAGGGGUUGGGGUGAAUAACCCUGUGCAUUUCAACCUCGGGCAGCAGCUGGCAGGGAAUCGGGCAGGAGGCGAGGCGGAGUUCGAUCGGGUGCGCCUGUGGGGGAAUGAGUGGGAUGGGGUGAACGCUGGGGCAAAUGCUGCUGCGGCGGUGGCUGCAGCGGCAGCAGUAGCGGGGGGAGGGCAAGGGGAGGAGAGUGCUAGUGCUGGUCUGCAACAGCUGCACAAUCUGGCUGCAGCUCAAAAUCAGUUGCUUCAGUUCUCACGGGCUUUUGGGGCAAAUGCCUUUGCUCGCCAAUAUUACCUCAACUAUAAGUCUCUGAAGAAGGAAAUUCGUGCCUAUGAAGCCGCCGUGGCGUCGGGGGUCACGGAGGAAGACGUUCAGCAGGACAUGGCACGUCGAUUUUCUGAACAUCUCGACUCGCAGAUGGAGAAGGUGGUGCUGUUCUUCUUGGAGCAGCAGGGCGUGUUGGCGGGAAAGCUCCAACGGCUACGAGAGCAGAGGGAAGGGUCGAACACGCGGGGAGACGAGUCCAGCCUAGCGAUCGUGAUGUCGUCCGAUUUUAGCGACAUGAUGGAACAGUACAGGGACGUGGGGCGGGAGCUGCUGCAGCUACUGCAGUUUGUGGAGCUGAACGCCACGGGCCUGAGGAAGAUCCUGAAGAAGUUUGACCGGCGUGUGGGCGUGAGGCUGGGACACACGUACAUUGCUUCGCGCACGCUGCAUCCCUACUCGCACCUGCAGCAGAUCUUCAAACAAGUGGGUCUGGGCGCCAUGGUGGGAACAAUCAUCCGCAAUCUGGACGAGUUGCACCGCAGGGAGCGGUGCUUCUCCUCGCCCUCCAAUCUCCUCUCACCACGUGGUGCCGGCACGCCCAGACGCACGUCCUUCUCGCUCUUCAGGCAGGGGGACGAGUCCCCGGUGUACGUGGCUCAGGAGGAGCCCAUCAUUCAGGAAAUCGAGGCGGCACGGGCGAAGCUGACAGACGCGGUGGGGUACAGCACGUACAUGGCCAAGGGGCUGCUGCUGCCGCCUGCUCCUGAGAGAGGGCCCGAGGCAGGGGAGCCGGAGUUCCACUGGUGGUCGCUGCAGCUCAACCAGUUCAACACGUUCCUCUACAUGGUGAACUACUACAUCAUCGUGCCCACAUCAGACGAGUACGCAGUCCUUCUCUCCGCGCCACCCGCUCUCUGCGGCAUAAUCAUUGGCGCCACGCCCCUCUGUGCACUGGUGUCAGCCUUCAUCUUCAGCAAGUGGUCCAACACGUCCUACACGCAGCCCUUACUCGUCUCCACGCUCGUCCUGCUGCUCGGCAACUUCGCCUACGCUGCUGCUCUGGAUUUCAACUCCGUCGCCCUCUUGCUCAUCGGCCGGUCGCUCACCGGCCUGGGAGGAGUGCGAGCGAUUAACCGCAGAUACAUAGCCGACCACGUGCCAUCAUCUGAACGCACCUCAGCCUCAGCGGGCUUUGUAAGCGCCGGCGCGCUGGGCAUGGCAGCAGGGCCCUUCGCCGCCUCCCUGAUCGACUUCCUCAACUUCAAGUUCCUCGGCUUCACUGUCAACUCAGUCACCUCCCCUGGCUGGCUCAUGGUGCUCUCCUGGCUGCUCUACCUCGCUUUUGUGGUUCUUUUCUUUAAGGAGCCGGACCGGACACACCUGCAGCCGGUGCCGGCAGCAACGGGGGUGAAGUCCGGAGGGAAUUUGAGAAGGAGGGGGUCUAAAGAGGCUGCGCUGGGAGGGAACCUGAAGAGGGGGGGUUCUAAAGAAGCGGCGCUGGGUGGGAUGGGAGCGGUGGGCGUGAAUGGGGUUGUGGGGGAGAGGGGAGGGUGGGGGGAUAGGGAUGGAGUGGUGGUGGGAGAGGGGAGUAUGGUGACUGCUGCGUCGCCUGCUGAUGGCGCAGUGAAGAUUGAAGAGGAGGGAUUUGGCACAGGGGCAGGAGUCGAAGUGUGGGGAGGGGCGGUAGCAGGGAGAGGAGAGAAUAGAGGGGCUGGGAGCGCCUUAUCCGAGCCUCUGUUGAGGGGGCUGGCAGGGCAGGACAGUAGGAAUAGUGUGACAGCAGCGACAGCAGCACGGCGAGUGCACAGUGGGAUGGUUGACGAGAGCGACGCGCGAACUUGGCUGAUGCUAGCCUCUCUGCCGGACAUAGAUGAGGGGGAGGACGAGGAGGACGAGGAUGAUGAUGCUGCAUCAUCCACCGGGGCUGUGGAGACGCUCCCAGAGCUCAUGAAGGAGCUGUCACGGCCCAUCUCGGUCCUCCUCUUCAUGUACUUCAUGAUCAAAUUCGCCACAGAGGUGCUUAUAUCGGAGUCCAGCCUUAUCUCCAAGUACUACUUCCAAUGGACCAUCAACGACAUUGGUUGGUUCCUGGGUCUCCUGGGUCUCACAGUGCUGCCCAUCAGCUCGGUGGUUGGAAAUUACAUCACCAACAUAUACGAGGACAGGCUGGUGAUCAUGUGGACGCAGGGCCUGAUCGCAGUUGGGGUGAUAGCUGUGAUGUGUUUUGCGCCAAUCAUCAAGUACACUACACAGCAGUACAUUGUUGCUGCUGUCAUCAUCUUUGUCUCCUGCAACGUGCUCGAAGCUUCGACACUGACGGGUCUACAUUUCGGAGUGACGGCUCUGGUCGGAAUGGCAUCGGCUGCGCUGGGAUACCUGAACAGCAAGAACACGGUCCCGCUGUGGGAGCUGAUCUGGUUCUCCAUUGUUGCGAAUCUCUCCAUUGUCUCCAUGAAUCUCAGCCUCAUGCUCAACACCGUCGGAUUCUACCAGAUUGCCAAGUUGAGCAUCAUUCCAGUGGUCUGCUUCUUCGAAGCUCUCCUCCAUUCAAAGGCCUACUCGCGCGAGGUCAAGUUCUCCGUGGCAGUGGUCAUGGUGGGAGUGGGUGUGUGCACCGUCACCGACAUCAACAUGAACGCCUUUGGCUUCGUCGCCGCUACCGUCGCCGUCAUCAGCACGUCUCUGCAGCAAAUCUUCAUCGGGUCGCUGCAGACCAAGUACAGCAUCGGCUCCUUCGACCUGCUCAGCCAGACGGCUCCCAUUCAGGCGGCACUGCUCCUGCUGCUCGGCCCCGUUAUUGACUACUUCCUUAUCUCGCAAUCCAUUUUGAAAUACCAGCUCACAUGGGGCUCUGCGAUUUUCAUCGGCCUCUCGUGCUUCUUCGCAGUCUUCUGCAAUCUCAGCCAGUACCUCUGCAUUGGAAAGUUCUCAGCGACGUCCUUCCAGGUCCUGGGUCACAUGAAAACGGUCCUGGUUCUCGCCAUGGGCUUCCUCGUAUUCAGCUCUCCGAUCACCAUGAAGAACGUGAUGGGUAUGCUGAUGGCUGUGUUGGGAAUGGUUCUAUACAGCUGGGCUGUUGAGAAGGGCAAGAAGGAGAAGGAAGCAAGGGACAAGCUUCAGAGAUCUCCUAUGGUGUCUGCUGCUCUUCCAACCAAAAUGCCAGAUGAGGGGAUGGAGAAUGGUGAAAAGUUGGCACUGCUGUCUAGCAACGAUGAUGUUGAAGCUGGAAGGCAAGGCUAA